AUGGGUUUUUUUUGUUUUGUGGGGGGGGGUUUGUGGGGGGGGGGGGGGUUAUGGGGGUUUUUUGUUUUUGUUGGUGGGUGGUUUGGUGGUGUGGGGGGGGGGGGUGGUGUGUGGGUGGUGGGGUUUUGGUGGGGUUGUGGUGUGGUGUGUGGUAGGGGGUGUGGUAGGUGGGGUGGUGGUUGUGGGUUAGAGUGGUUGGGUGUGUGUUGUUGGUGGGGUGGGGGGGUUGUUGGUUGGUGUUUGGGGGUUUGGUUGGUGGGUUGGGGGGUGGGGGGUUUGUUUUGUUUUGGGUGUGGGGUUGUUUGUGUGGGUGGGUGGGGUGGGUGGUUUGUUGUGUGGGUGGGGGUUGGUGGUGUUGUUGUGGGUGUGGUGGGUUGUGUGUGGGUGUUGUGGGGGGUGGUGGGGUUGGUGUGGGGGGGGUUGUGUUGGGGGUGGGGGUUUUGGGUGUUUGGUGGUUGGAUUGUGGAUUGGGGUUGUUGUGGUGUGGUGGGGGGGGGGUGUAUGGUUUAUGGUGGGUGGGUGUGUGUGGUGUUUGGGGGUGGUGUGUUGUUGUGGUUUGGUUGUUGUUGGUGUGUUUGGGGUGGUAUUGUGGGGGGGUUGGUGUGUGGGUGUGUUGUGUUUGAGAUUUUUGUGUUGUGUUUGGUUGGGUGGGGUUUUGAGGUAGAAGGUUGUUAG